CAAACAGCGAGUUCUAAUCGAAAAGUUGAACUUUGAACAUUCCUCCACUUGCACUUGCCAUGGCCGCCAACGACGCCGCCGUUCCGCCUCCCGAGCUCUCUCAGCCCGAGGCUGGGCCAUCUACGUCCUCGACUUCUGCGGCACCUGUGAACGCCGAUGGCGAGGCGCCCACCCUCUCGAAGAACCAGCAGAAAAAGGCAGCGAAGCGGGCGCGCGCGCAGGAGCACAAGCUAGAAAAGCGCGCGCAGGAGCGCGCCCGCCGCCGUGAACGCCAAGCCGAGCUCUCCAAGGGCUUGCGAGAGGGCACGCUCACGACUGCCGAGCUCGAGCAGGUCGAGAAGUCGCGGGAGCUGAAGCGUGCACGCAAGGCUGCAAGCAAGGGCAAGGAAGAGAAUGUUUGGCCUGGCGCAAUCGUCAUCGAUCUAGGCUUUGACAGCCUUAUGUUGGACGGCGAGAUCACCUCCAUGGUAUCUCAGCUGACAUACGUGUACGCAGCCAACCGCACGGCCAAGUUCCCUGUAUCCAGUGUGCUGCACACAUCCUUCUCGCCAGAGAGCAGUCCACGGUUGUGGGAGAAGCUGGGGCGGGCGCAGUGGCACCGCUGGAACCGCAUGCACUUCUGGGCCGGGGGCGUCGACACUCUAUCGGCAACUAUGAAAGAGCAUGUGGAGAAGGAACAAGACCCCGCGCCGCAGAAGAAGCCUGGCGAAGUGGCUUCGGUCGAGGACCUCUCCGAUCCCCACCUCCCGUUCCCCGCCUCCCGGCAGCUCGUCUACCUCUCCGCCGAUGCGGAGGAGGAGCUUACUACCCUCUCCGAAGACGAGGUGUACAUCAUUGGCGGGAUCGUCGACCGCAACCGGCAUAAGAAUCUGUGCCAGGGCAAGGCCGAGGGGCUAGGUAUCCGCACAGCGCGCCUGCCCAUUGGGAGCUUUAUUGAGAACCUCCCGACCCGCAAAGUGUUGACUGUGAACCAGGUAUAUGAGAUCCUGCUGAACUACCUCGCACUCCAGGACUGGAAGGCGGCGUUCGAGGCGGUCAUCCCACAACGCAAGUACUUCCACGGCAGGGACGAGAAGAAGGCUGCCAAUUCGGCCAGGCGGGUGGGGGAUGGCACAAGCGAGGCGGGGACGAGUGCGGCGGGGACGAGUGUUGCGGGUGAGGGCGAGGGUGUCGAGACAGAAGAGUGCAAGGUGGACGAUAUGUUAGUGGACGAGGAGGCCGCCAUGAACGCAUAG